GGCCGAGCCCGGCGCAGCUCCGCGGCCGUGGCGGUCGCGGAUUAUAAGGGACCGCUCUCUCCGCCCCCGGCGGAGUCUCCCUCCGCCCCCGCCCGCGCUCCCCACCCCUUCCUCCGGCCGCGGGGAGAAGGGCAUGGAGUUGGCGGGAGCCUAUAAAAGCCCCUGAGAGCGCGCCGGGGCCACGGCGCUGCGACAGCCUCCGCGGACGCAGCCGGGCCGCGCACCAUGUCCCACCACUGGGGAUACGGCAGCCAGGACGGACCCGCUCACUGGCACGAACACUUCCCCAUCGCCAAUGGAGAGCGCCAGUCCCCUAUUGCCAUUAGCAGCAAGUCCGCCAAGUACGACGCCGCGCUGAAGCCGCUCAGCUUCGGUUACGAUGCCGGCACGGCUAGGAACAUAGUCAACAACGGGCACUCCUUCAACGUGGAGUUUGAUGACUCUUCCGACAAGUCAGUGCUGCAAGGAGGAGCGCUGGAUGGAGUCUACAGGCUGGCACAGUUUCAUAUUCACUGGGGAUCCUGUGAGGGCCAAGGGUCUGAGCACACUGUGGAUGGUGUGAAGUAUGAUGCAGAGCUCCAUAUUGUUCACUGGAACGUAAAAUAUGGUAAAUUUGCUGAAGCUGUGAAGCAUCCUGAUGGUUUGGCUGUGGUAGGCAUCUUCAUGAAGGUAGGAAAUGCCAGGCCUGAAAUACAGAAAGUUGUGGAUGCUCUGAACUCCAUUCAAACCAAGGGAAAGCAAGCUUCCUUCACAAACUUCGACCCCACUGGACUGCUUCCUGCAUGCAGAGACUAUUGGACGUACCCUGGCUCACUGACCACUCCCCCACUGCUUGAAUGUGUGAUCUGGCACGUUCUGAAGGAGCCCAUCACUGUCAGCCCCGAGCAGAUGUGCAAACUCCGUGGCCUUUGCUUCAGUGCUGAGAAUGAGCCCGUGUGCCAUAUGGUGGACAACUGGCGCCCAUGUCAGCCUUUGAAGAGCAGAGAAGUCAGAGCUUCCUUCCAGUAACCUCAGAGCCAAGCGUGUUAGAAAUUGCUGUGUUUGCGAGGAGCCCCUUUUGCUAAGCACAAAUCAAACCUUUGCCAUGUGUGCCCUGGCAACAUCUUGUCUCCCAGAUCCAUUCUUUCUUUCGCUCUGCAUCUAAAAUGCCAGCUAAUGAAAUGUGAAAGGCUCUUGGCCAAAUAGGAAAGGGUUCUUAAGGCGUGGGGUUGGGGGAGGCAUGGGGGUGUGGUGGCUGUGUGCAUUUUGGUGACUAUUACUGUGAUUGACACUUUGGUAUAACAGUAUGUUGGCUACUUGGGAGGGGAUAUGGUCAUAGCAAAAUAAGCCAUUUUAAGAAACCUCAUCCACUGGUGUGAUAGUACACAUAACUAACGAUAACUUGAAGCUUUGUGAAAAGCACAGGAAUACAGAAUCUAGGUAUGAUUUAGGAAUAAAAGUAUUUUGAGAAAGUAAAGCAAAAUGAAUAUUGAGAAUUAGACUUCUUAGAUUUUAAGAAACUGACAUGUAAAUAUUUUUAAGACCGUUUUACAUUUUUACCCAUGCUACUAUCAAUAACUUUGAUUAUGUCUUAAUGGUAGUGUUGGAUUUUUUUAAUUAAAAAUGUCCUAAAUUAAGUGUUAUCUUUAAAAGUUGUUAUUACCAUAGAAAUAAUGCAAAAUAUCUUUUCAUUGAAAUAAUAUAUGCUCUAAUUUAAAGAGGAAAAUAAUAUUGUAUUUUAGAUAACUUCUCUAAUAAAGCUAUACUUCUA